CCCAAACGUGUAUAAUAGGCGAGUGGAAGUCAGAGAAGUGCUGACAUAUGCAAAUUGGGUCCUCUGUGUUAACGGGGGGUAAGGGGGUAGAGGUACCAGGUGUGCUAAUAGGAUCAGGGUUUGAGGCCCUGUGUGGUGAGGGUCAGGACGGUGUUAAUACGGUAUAUUUGUCCAUGAGGACUGCAGCGUGUGAGGUGCCAAAAUGUGCUCGUGGAGGGCAGCAUAGUGGAAGAACUAGAGUGUUGAGCCUUGCUAAUGGGGGUCCUAGCUGCAGAGGGUUAUGUGCAUGUGGUAAUAAAAGUCUGGGGAGCAUGAGGCCCAGUCUAUGCUUAUGGGGGCAGAGGGGUGGAAGACCUGAGCCUGUGCCAAUAAUGGCUGUCAGUUGUGGAUGAGGGAAGUGUGUUAGCUCUGCGAGAGGUUCAGUGUAUUCAGGAUCAAGAUGGUGUGAGAUCAGUGUGUGCCCAUGAGGGCCGGGGAUGCAAGACUGUAGGGUGCGCUAAGAAGAGAGGGUGAUAGAUGAAGUUAGAGGCACUGCUAAUGUGGCUUUAGAGCCUUGGAGGCCCUUAAAUGUGUGCCAGUCGGGGGAGAGUCAGAGCUGUAUGAGAUCUGGAAUAUGCUAAUGAGAGUCAGAACAUUGCGAAGACAGUAUGCUCUUGUGUCCAUGGAAGACUGGGAUGUGUUGAGGUUCCAGGGAGUGCUAAUGAGGGGUAGAGCUGUUGAGGGUUUCUAGUGUGCAAGGAGGAUAAUCAGGGCUGUGAAGGGAUCCCAGUGUGAAUCAGCCAGGCUUCUAGCUGUGGAGGACUUGAAGCAAAGAGAAAUAAGGAACGGGAAUAUGUGAAGGUCUAGGUGUGCUAAAGUGGAUAGAGCCAUGGCUGGCUGAAAUGUGGGGGAGGGGGGUCGGGCUGAAUGAAGACCUGUGUGCAUUAAUGAGGGUCAGGCCAUUAUGUAACUGUGUUUGCCCCUGGAGAUAGGGCUGGGGAAGGGUUCAGGGAUAUAACAGUGUGCUUGCCCCUGGAGAUAGGGCUGAGGAACAGUCCAGGGUCAUAACACUGUGCUUAUCCCUGAAGAUAGGGCUGAGGAAGAGUUCAUGGUAUGCUACUGGGAGGCAAUGUGUGAAGCCCAAUAUGUUCUAAUAGAGGUCAGGGUGAAUUGAAGGUCUAGCUUGUGCCGAUGGGAGGUGGCAGAGACAGGCUAGCGGGAGGACCAGAAUAUGUGGUAAUGAUAGUCAUAUCUGUGGAGGGGUCUGAGCUUGGACGAAAACAGGUCAGGGAUCUGCAAGGUUCAUUUUGUGUUCAUGGGAUUUAGGGCAGUAUGAAAAUCCAGUGAAUGCUAAUGUGGGUCAGCUGUAGAGGGUCCCAAGUGCAUGUUAAUAGGGGUCAGAAUCAUGUAGGGGGAACAGUGUGUUAAUGGGGCAAGUGCUGUGGAGACGCUAAAAGGCAGCUGGGCCUGGGAGGGACCCAAGAAUGUGGUAGGCGUUAACUUUGAAGGUCCUGUGCUCUGUUGGGGCUUUGUGAGCUGGCGGCAGUUAGAGAUAAAGGGAAAUUGCAGGUGCUGAUAGCAGUUAAAAUGCAGAGGGACCUUCUAGAAGGUUCAGUAUAUACUGAGAAAAGGAGGACAUUGAGGGCCCAGUGUGUGCUUAUGGGAGUCCGGACAGGAUGAGGAUGGUAUGAUCCUAUGGGACUUACUAGAGUGUGAUGACUGUGUCCUUAGUGGUUCGGUGUAGUGUGAGGAGGUAAGUGUCCUCGGGUAUUAUGAGAGCAUUCAAGUUAAUAUCUUCAAGUGUCUCUACUUACAGGGACCCACUAGGGCCCCCCCUACUGGGGGUGUUGCAUGGUACAAAGAUUUUGUACCCCUUUUUCCUAAACUCCCCACAAAACUGAACUCUGGAACCUGUUCAGCCCUUGGAAUUUCCAGUUAGAGGUCAUGCACCCAUAGCUCCUCUAGCUCCCUCCUCAUUGUCCAUCCAGCCCUACUUAUAAUCCCCCACCCCUACCCCGCCCAGCUCCUCUAUUCCCUGUGACAACAGACAAACGGACUGCAGAUCUGUGCCAUGCAGACACAAGACCGUCUUUGGAGCUGGCCAUACUUCACCUGCCUCAGUCUCAGGUCCAGUGUUGAGCCUCCUGGGCCAGGAUUUUGUUGGUAUCCUGGGUUCUCUGGAUGGAACUCAUCCUCUUCACUGCGGUCUUUCUACUAGGCUGGCCCCCCUACCCCUCCUGAGGGUAGUGAGGUCAGGCAGGCAGAGACAGGGUGUGGGGACCGCUGGAGUAACACCUGAUUUCAAGGUAACAGAUGACCCACUUCUCUCCUCGCAUCCAGGCCCAGCCUCAUCUUCGACCUCCUAUCUAGCUUCACUUCCCUUGGGCCCAGGGCCAUCGUAGGCCCUGCUGUGAGUCCAUAUGGUUCCUGGGCCAGGUCUUUCCCCCUCCUUGCUGGCCCAGAGCCCAGGUGGAAGCAGAAGAAGGCCAGCCUAAGCCUUUAGGUGGCCCUGUUCCCUCCAGCAGCCCCAUCUGGGUAGGUCAGCUUCCUGCCGAUGCCGGCGUCCCUGGGCCACCUAGUCUGGGGUUGUUCAUGAGCCCCAGGGACUCACUCUGGUAGAGAUUGGUCCUAGGUCCUCGGCCCCCUGACUUCAUUAAUUUCUGCCAUAAGCACUUUUUGAGCAUCUACUCUGUGUCAGUCACUGUUCCAGGUCCUCAGGAUAUAGCUGUGACCUAAACAGACAGAAAUUACUCUGGCGGAGCUGAUCCUCUAGUUAUGGCUGUGAGGAGACAGACAGUAAAGUAAACUAAUAAGUAGAUGGUCUCAUUUCUGAGGAGGUGAUGAAUCCUGGGGGAUAAUUGACAAGGUGAAGGGAGCUCAGAAUGGUUGAGAUUUUAAAUAGGCUCAGAGGUCAGGGUUCCAUCCCCAGUUAGGGGGUACGCAGGAGGCAGCCAGGCAGUGAUUCUCUCUCAUUGAUAUUUCUCUCCCUCUCCCUUCCUCUGAAAUAAAAAAAAAAAAUUUUUAAUAAAUAGGGUUAUUUGUUGAGGGUUAUCCAUGAAAAAGGUAAUAUUUGAGCAAUGGCCUGAAGGGGGUGAGGGAGUGAACUGUUUUAGAAAUCUGGGGGAAGGGUAUUUCAGGUACCGGGAACAGCCAGGGCAAAGGCUCUGAGGUGAGACUGCUGGGUGUGGUUACAGAACAGCAACUAGCAGUGAUUGAGGGGCAGGUGAGGCCAGAGAGAUAAUAGGGGUGAAGUGGUCAGACCAUAUGAGCCAUAUUGAGGACUGGAGCAUUUAUUGGGUGUGAUAAGGGAGAUGUGGUGCAUUCUCAAGUACAGGAGAAAUGUGAUCUGGCUUGUAAAAGUCUGGGUGAGACCCUAUGAAUCCCAACCUGAUUGAACCUUUCUGGGAGCCGUCAGGUUAGCUUGUACUCAUUGAGAUCCCCCCCCCCCAACUCCAAUUAGUGGUUGUGUCUGGGCCAGACCCUCCUCCCCCUACACCCCUCACUUGGGUAGAUCAGUGGCGUAGUCCACUAGUCACCAUGACGAUGGUUGCUAGGGGAGGUUAGAGGUCUUUGUAGCCGUAUAGAGCAGGCUGCCUUGGCAGUUGGGGAUGAUGUUGGGUUGGUGCUGGCAGAAAAUGCCAUUCUACGGGCGUGUCCAGGGUUAUGUCAGUUGUUCUGAGGUCCUGGGCAAUUCCCCCUCUCCACCCAUGGCUAGGUUCAUCACUGCUGCUGCACCCAAGAAUACCUGCUGCUCCCACAGGGGGGCUGCCUCCCUAGAAACCUGCAUUCCAUCGGUUGGACCCUUGCCCUCAGCCAUCUACCCAAGACUCGGUACUCAGGUCGCCAUGGAUCGGAUGAAGAAGAUCAAACGGCAGCUGUCAAUGACACUCCGAGGGGGCCGAAGUGUAGACAAGACCAACAGUGCCCCUGAACAGAUAGGCCUGGAUGAGAGUGGCGGUGGUGGUGGCAGUGACCUUGGAGAGGCCCCCACCCGCGCUGCCCCAGGGGAACCCUGCUCUGGGCGGGGACUACUCAGCUCUGCACCAGAGAUUGUACACGAGGACUUGAAGAUGGGGUCUGACUUGAAGAUGGGAUCUGAUGGGGAAAGUGACCAGGCUUCAGCCACGUCCUCAGACGAGGUGCAGUCACCAGUGAGGGUGCGCAUGCGCAACCAUCCUCCUCGCAAGAUCUCCACUGAGGACAUCAACAAGCGCCUCUCACUACCAGCUGACAUCCGGCUGCCUGAGGGCUACCUUGAGAAGCUGACCCUCAAUAGCCCCAUCUUUGACAAGCCCCUCAGCCGCCGCCUCCGCCGUGUCAGCUUGUCUGAGAUUGGCUUUGGGAAACUGGAGACCUACAUCAAGCUGGACAAGCUGGGGGAGGGUACCUAUGCCACCGUUUACAAAGGUAAAAGCAAGCUCACAGACAACCUUGUGGCACUCAAGGAGAUCAGACUGGAACAUGAAGAGGGAGCACCCUGCACCGCCAUCCGAGAAGUGUCCCUGCUUAAGGACCUCAAACAUGCCAACAUCGUCACUCUACAUGACAUUAUCCACACGGAGAAGUCCCUCACCCUUGUCUUUGAGUACCUGGAUAAGGACCUGAAGCAGUACCUGGAUGACUGUGGGAACAUCAUCAACAUGCACAAUGUGAAACUGUUCCUGUUCCAGCUGCUCCGUGGCCUGGCCUACUGCCACCGGCAGAAGGUGCUACACCGAGACCUCAAGCCCCAGAACUUACUCAUCAACGAGAGAGGAGAGCUCAAACUGGCUGAUUUUGGUCUGGCCCGGGCCAAGUCAAUUCCAACGAAGACCUACUCCAAUGAGGUGGUGACCCUGUGGUACCGGCCCCCCGACAUCCUGCUCGGGUCCACAGACUACUCCACCCAGAUUGACAUGUGGGGCGUGGGCUGCAUAUUCUACGAGAUGGCCACAGGCCGGCCCCUCUUCCCAGGCUCCACAGUGGAGGAGCAGCUGCACUUCAUCUUCCGCAUCUUGGGAACCCCAACUGAGGAGACAUGGCCGGGCAUCCUGUCCAAUGAAGAGUUCAAGACACACAACUACCCCAAGUACCGUGCCGAGGCCCUUUUGAGCCAUGCACCACGGUCCCCUUGUCCUUGUGGUAGACUUGAUAGCGAUGGGGCUGAUCUCCUCACCAAGCUGCUGCAGCCCCCACCUCAGUUUGAAGGUCGCAAUCGGAUCUCUGCAGAGGACGCCAUGAAACACCCAUUCUUCCUCAGUCUGGGGGAGCGGAUCCACAAACUUCCUGACACUACUUCCAUAUUUGCACUAAAGGAGAUCCAGCUACAAAAGGAGGCCAACCUUCGCUCUUCGUCGAUGCCUGACUCAGUAGUAGCCGGCGGACAGCAUGGCCGUGCCAGCCUCCCACACUGAGGCCAGGCCUAUAGCCCUCCCCAUCAUACCCUCCCCCAGGACCACUACCCCAUGGCCAGCUAGGGGUCCGGCCAGCCCAGGCUCGGGAUCUCAACUCAGACAAGAGGUGGCAAUACCUUGGGUUUGAGGUUCCCCCUGCCUGCUUUCCUGCCUGCCCCACCUGCCUCAUGUUGUGUGGGCCUUUUUUGUUUCAUUCAUUGUUUUUUUUUAAUUAUUUUAAAUGAGGUUUUCAUUUUUUAAAUGCAAUAUCUCUGUGUACAGACUGGCUGGGCCCCACCCCCCGUGGCCCUCCCAAAGUAUUUUGUGCAAUGAAGCCCUGAUCCCAGCCUUUCCAAGGCAGGGACACAGCCCCUAUUCAGAACCCUGACCAUCCCCAGAUCCUGGGGUUGGCUAAGGGCAAGCAUGCCUCAACCACUCGCCUUCCUACACACACCCCCUCCCCACCACCUGCCAUUCCAGGCUGCAGGGGUACCUGAGGACUACCGGAGACUCUGGGAGAUGGACAAGUGGGGGCCCCCACUCUUUCCCUCCUGCAGUUCCAUAGCUGGGGCCUCCUUCCGUCUCAGGGUCUCCCCAGCCUAGCCCUCUUGCCCCCAUCCCACUCGGUGCUGUUGAGUAGGGGCCCUGCCAGGAACUGACCAACUCAGCGAGGAGCCAUAGUGUGUAUAUGUACACAGGCAGGGACAGGCAUGUCCGGGGGAGUUGUGCCCAGGUGUUAACCCCUAACCCCUGGGGAGGGUGAGGCAGGGCAGGGACAGUCUCUGGGGUCAGUCCCAGAUGGGUAGUUACCUCCCCUUCCUCCACUCUAAACCCUGGGGCCUUCAAAUGGGGUGGGAGGGCAUGGGUGGGGGCCCUCCUAGUGGGGUUUGGGAGGUUGGGUUCCUGAAUGCACCAUAAUCGCUGUAUGAAACAUUAAAAAGUCUGAAGUGAAAAA